ACUAAAUUUUGACGAAAUUGAAGAAAAUACUGAAAUGUGCAGAUAAGAUAGUUAUAUAGUUAUUAAAUUUAGUGUUUCUUUGGGUAAACUAAAUUCAAACUAAAUUGGUGCUACUAUCAUUCUGGAAUUCUUAUAAGCUAUUUAAGAAACCAGUAUUUUAGCGGUGUGCGAGUGGAACUAAAUUUUGACGAAAUUGAAGAAAAUACUAAAGUGUGCAAAUAGGAUAGUAAUAAUUCAAUUUAGUGCAUAUUUGUGUGAACUAAAUUCAAACUAAAUUGGUACUACUACCAUUCUGGAACUCUUAUAAGCUAUUUAGAUAACCAGUAUCAAAAUUUUUCUGUCCCAUGUUGGGUUAUUUAAAAAUCGCAUUUUGCAUUUUUGGAAAUUGAAUUAACAAAAUCAUGUGGAUGAGCAAAGUUUACAAACUCAUCAAUACACCAGCUGUUCAACAGGCCAUAACUGCUAAAAAUGAUGCCGUAAAGAAGUUCAUAUUACAGAAGUUACAGACUAAACCUCUACAUUCCUCCGAUGAAUAUGGUUUGAAGGCAGGAAAUGCUACAAACAAAAAAAUUGAUUUGGUAGAAGCUGCUAAGGCUUUGAAACGUGAGUACCCUGAAAAGACAUGUACUAAUGAUGCGUCUGCUGUUAGCCAUGUAAGUAUGGGAAGUGGUGAAAAAUCAAAAUGCGAUCAGGAACUCAAAUUAGCUUCAAAAGAACACAAAAAACAUUUUGAAAAGUGGAACCGCUACCAUUUGGUAGAAGCUGCUAAGGCUUUGAAACGUGAGUACCCCGAAAAGACAUGUACUAAUGAUGCGUCUGCUGUUAGUCAUGCAAGUAUGGGAAGUAGUGAAAAAUUAAAAUGCGAUCAGGAUCUCAUAUUAGCUUUAAAAGAACACAAAGAACAUUUUGAAAAGUGGAACCGCUACCAUUUGGUGAAAGCUGCUAAGGCUUUGAAACGUGAGUACCCUGAAAAGACGUGUUCUAAUCAUACUUCUGCUGUUAGCCAUGCAAUUAUGGGAAAUGGUGAAAAAUCUAAAUGUGAUCCGAAUCUCAUAUCGGCUUUAAAAGAACACAAAGAACAUUUUGAAAAGUGGAACCGCUACCAUUUGGCGGAAGCUGCUAAGGCUUUUAAACUUCAGUACCCUGAAAAGACGUGUUCUAAUCAUACUUCUGCUGUUCGCCAUGCAAGUAUGGGAAAUGGUGAAACUUCAAAAUGCGAUCCGAAUCUCAUAUCGGCUUUAAAAGAACACAAAGAACAUUUUGAAAAGUGGAACCGCUACCAUUUGGCGAAAGCUGCUAAGGCUUUGAAACGUGAGUACCCUGAAAAUACGUGUUCUAAUCAUACUUCUGCUGUUCGCCAUGCAAGUAUGGGAAAUGGUGAAACUUCAAAAUGCGAUCCGAAUCUCAUAUCGGUUUUAAAUGAACACAAAGAACAUUUUGAGAAGUGGAACCGCUACCAUUUGGCGGAAGCUGCUAAGGCUUUGAAACAUGAGUACCCUGAAAAGACGUGUUCUAAUUAUACUUCUGCUGUUCGCCAUGCAAGUAUGGGAAAUGGUGAAACUUCAAAAUGCGAUCCGAAUCUCAUAUCGGCUUUAAAUGAACACAAAGAACAUUUUGAAAAGUGGAACCGCUACCAUUUGGUGAAAGCUGCUAAGGCUUUGAAACGUGAGUACCCUGAAAAGACGUGUUCUAAUCAUAUUUCUGCUGUUAGCCAUGCAAGUACGGGAAAUGGUGAGGAAUCGAAAUGCGAUCCGGAUCUCAUAUCUGCUUUAAAUGAACACAAAGAACAUUUUGAAAAGUACCAACACCAACUUUUGAUGAAAGCUGCUAAGGCUUUAAAACGUGAGUACCCUGAAAAGGCGUGUUCUAAUCAUACUUCUACUGUAAGCCAUGCAAGUAUGGGAAAUGGUGAAGAGUCAAAAUAUGAUCCAAAUCUCAUAUCGGCUUUAAAAGAACACAAAGAUCAUUUUGAAAAAUGCAAGGCUAUGCAUCAAUAUGAUGUUGUUAACCUAACAAGUGUCAUGAGUGCUAAGACUUUGAAGUACUAUUCAGAUCUCAUGUUAGAUGCCCAAAAACAACAAGGCGAUUUGGAACAUGUCGAUGAUAAGCUUCCGUAUCCAACAAAAAAUGUCUAUAUCGACCCAAAGCCGAAUAGAUCCCCAUCAAAAGAUAGACAAAUACAUUCUGUUAAGAAAAUACGUAAUAGACGUUUGCGAAAGAAACCCGCUUCCAAAUGCGUAGCUGCUUCUAUUCGCGAACCUGACCGAAAUAUGUUUUCCAGCGAACAUGGCAAUAAUUCACGCCCGGUUGCUAUGAGCAAGCACAGAGUACCGAUGUCAAUAUAUCGAAAGUAUUCAGAUGAUAGAGAUAAUAAAAUAGAGAUUAAAGACAUCAUAUGGGAGAAGUACAUGUCGGAAGAUGAUGAUGAUGAAGACGAUCAGUCUGAUUGUAUACCAACAAGAUAUGUUUCUGUUUCAGGGGAAUGUCGAAUUGCGCCAAUUGAUGUCGAUGCUUGGGAAGAUAUGGAGGAAGCUUACCAGGGAACACUUCACACAAAGCCUUAUGCAGACAAUCCUUUUGAAUAUCCUCCACCGCCGAAAAAUCGUACUGGAGAAUACAAGUUUAGAGGCGUUACAGUCAUUCUUCCAAAAUCGUGGCUAACACCAGGACUAUACCGUUAUCGUUAUGAGCAGAGAGACAAGGAUGAACUGGCUGAUGAUAUUCGCAUUAUUAAAUUUCCAAAGUAAAUCAAGAUUUAAUGUGAACAAAUGAGUAAAAAUUUAUUCUGAAGAUAGGUUUUAUUUGGUUUUGCAAUUCUUAAACUAAUCAUCCAGUUAACGUCUACACUUUAAAUUGUUAUGGGUAAAAAAUAUAUUUUACAACUUUUUUUGGUAAUUAAAUUUUUGGC